GCUGAUAACGUCAUCUUGCUGAGCUCCCGCUUUGGUUUCCCUGGCAACCGGCGCGGUCCCGCCGGCGGCUGCUAGGCCAAUGCUCGCCCGGCGGCCGCGGGACCCGCUGCAGGCGCUCAGGCGCCGCGGGCAGGAGCUUAAGCUGCAGGUUGAUAGUUUGGUUACUGAAAGCCAACUGACAGGUGCUCUGGAACCGAGUAAAAGGAGAGACAUUUACCAAAGAUGCAUCCAGUUAAAACAGGCAGUAGAUGAAAGUAAAAAUGCUCUUCAAAAAUUAAACAAGGCCGAUGAAUCUGCACCUGUGGGGAACUAUGAGAAGAGAAAGGAGGAGGAGUACGGUCUUCUGGAGAAGCUGACCUGCCAGCUGCAGGAGCUUGCUGUGGGCGUCAGCACGAAGGACACACUCAAAAAUGAGGCCCGCAGUGUCAAAGAGGAGGAAGAUGACUUGAUUGAAGAAGAAGAAGAAGAAGAAGAAGAAGAAGAAGAAGAAGAAGCAGAAGCAGCAGCAGCAACUGAAGAAACUGGUGAAGAGGAGGAAGAGUCAGAAGGAGAUGAGGAAGAAAAGCAGGAACAAGCCUCCCCCAAACAGGCAGAAAUUGUCAAGUACUUUGCUCUUGGGGACUUUGCUGCUCAGCAGGCUGGGGACCUGACGUUUAAGAAAGGGGAUAUUCUCCAUAUAAUUGAAAAAAAGCCUGAUGGUUGGUGGCUGGCUAAGGACGCUGAAGGAAAUGAGGGUCUCAUUCCCAGAACCUACUUGGAGCCCUAUAAUAAAAAAGACAAGCAAGAAUCGAAUGAAGAAGGCAGCAAGGAGGGCAGUGACGAGGAUGUGGAGGUGGUGGAUGAAACUGCAAACGGAGCUGAAGUAAAGCAGAGAACGGAUUCCCACUGGAGUGCUGUCCGAAAAGCUAUCUCAGAGAUAAACACUAUUGAUGUGCUAGCCACAAUGGGAGCUAUUCCUGCAGGGUUCCGACCUUCCAUGCUCUCCCAGCUGCUGGAUGAAGGGAACCAGUUUCGAGCAAGCUACUUCUUACAGCCGGAACUCACGACAUCACAGCUGGCCUUCAGAGAUCUACUGUGGGACGCUAAGGCAGGCACGAUUAUGUCAAGGCCAAGCCGUGUCUCUUUGAUUCUGACCCUGUGGAGCUGUAAAAUGAUUCCUCUCCCAGGAGCAAGCAUACAGGUUCUCAGCAGACACGUGCGCCUCUGUCUGUUUGACGGCAGCAAGGUUCUGAGCAAUAUCCACACAGUUCGAGCGGUAUGGCAGCCUAAAAAGCCCAAAACAUGGACCUUUUCCCCCCAGGUCACUGGCAUCUUGCCAUGCUUGCUCGAUGGUGACUGUUUCAUCAGGUCCAAUUCUUCAACUCCAGACCUUGGGAUUUUAUUUGAACUUGGAAUUUCUUAUAUUCGAAAUUCUACUGGUGAGCGAGGAGAGUUAAGCUGCGGCUGGGUGUUUCUUAAGCUCUUUGAUGCCAGCGGUGUUCCUGUUCCAGCAAAAACGUAUGAACUCUUCUUGAAUGGUGGCACUCCUUAUGAAAAAGGCGUUGAAGUGGACCCUUCAGUGUCCAGAAGAGCACAGGGCAGUGUUUUCCGCCAGAUGAUAAGCAUGCGGAGGCAGCCUCAACUGCUGGUGAAACUGCGGUCUCUGAACAGGAGGUCAAGGGCCAUGCUCAGUCUGCUGCCAGAGACCUUGGUGGGGAGUGUGUGCUCCGCUCAUUUACUGAUAUUUUACCGACAAAUUCUUGGAGAUGUGCUCCUGAGAGACAGGACAAAUCUGCAAAGUGCUGAUUUAAUUAGUCAUCCAGUGUUGGCCACCUUCCCCAUGCUCCUGGAGCAGCCGGACGUGAUGGAUGCUCUCAGGAGUUCGUGGGCCGAGAAAGAAAGCACACUAAAACGAUCAGAAAAGAGAGACCGAGAGCUCCUGAAGGCCGAGUUCCUCCUGGUCUACCAUGACUGUGCGCUCCCUCUUCUGCAUUCCACGCUGCUGCCCCCGUUCAGAUGGGCGGAAGAGGAAACGGAGACUGCUCGAUGGAAAGCCAUUGCUGACUUUCUCAAGCAGAGCAGAGAGAAUGAGGGUUCCCUGAAGGCUCUGCUUUCACCAGACGGGGUUCAUGAACCAUUUGACCUUUCAGAGCAGACCUAUGACUUCUUGGGAGAAAUAAGAAAGAACUCAGCCUGACAGUGGCCAUGGCUCCCACACCCACUGGACCCAUGGUCUCCCGUGAUAAUUUGGCUCAAAUAAUAGAACCAAAAGAAAUGGACUGGUUAGAACUUAGGUCGCAUUUUUUUGUGUUCAAAUUAUAUUUUCAAAGAAAUAUCUACUAAUCUUAUUGUAUGUAAAACAAUAAAAUAAAUUUUAUACAGAA